AUGACUAGCGUCCACACCGUGCCCUCAUCGUCCCGUUCGUUGCCUCCCAUUCCCUUGCGCCGCUCGAUCGAGGCCGGGCCAAGACAAGGAUCAACACUGACCCCGAUGGAUAUCAAACCUCGCUGUCUCUCCCACCCAUACGACAAGGCGUGCUGGAAUCCUCCAUCAUUGACCAAUCCUACAAUAUCCGACCUCCUCGCCGACUAUCGAGUCUUCUCCGCGAGAGCGCCUGCACAGCCCCCCUUUGUGUCUGCUCGCCAGCAUCGUGUCGACAGCAUCAGCACCGUCGGCACAGACGACAUCUCUCGCCCUCCAAGCCCCGAUGCCCUUUCGUCAUCCACCAGUUCACUCUCCUCCAUCCUCGAAGACAGAUCAUCAUGCACAUCUCCGGGCCGAUCCAGCUCCCGCUUCCCUCGCCUUCCCGCCCAUUCCGCGUUCGAGCUGUCCGAUCUCAGAACGUCCUUGCCCUCUGAGCCAGGUCCUUCCAAGACACCCGUCUUUAGGUCUCCAAGGUCGACGCCCUUGCCCGUCUCCAGGCCCAUGUCCCCCGCCGUCCAACUCAGUCCUCACAUGAGACCCCUCACGCAACGGUUACGUGGUUUGACCGUCGCAGUUCGCUCUCACGUCCUUGCCCUCUGA